AUGGGCCACCGCAUCUCGAAGGAAACAAUGAACCCACGCACGGGCCUGACUCCGACAGAGAAUCGGCUGCUGAAAAAGACCUGGCGGAGCCUCUGCGACAACAACCGCGACUACGGCGUGCUCAUCUUGCAGGGGUUCUUCGCCAAGCAGCCGGACGCCAUACACCUGUUCCAACACUUCCGCGGCAAACCCGCCAAGUCGCUGCCCACGGACAUGUCCUUCAGGAUACACGCGUGCGCCGUCGGCUACCAGCUCACCUCCAUGGUCGAGAACUGCGACGACGUCGAGCUGCUGGAGGCACUCAUCCGCAAGAACGCUCAGGUGCACAAGCCUCACCUGGGCGUCACACCGAUGCACUUCCGCAUAAUGACCAAAGCCAUCAUGGAUGUGUUGCAUGCCAAGGUCAGCAAGCUCAUGACGCCUGACGCUGUCGUAGCGUGGGAGAAGCUGUUCACCUUCAUCGUCACCGUGACCGCCAUCGUUUUUGAGAGUUCGAAAGUGGCUUCCAACGCAAAAAAGAAAAGCGAAGACAACAUCAGCAAUGCCAGCGCUUCUUCCAAGAUGUUGAAUUCGCAAAAAUCAUCGUCGGCUUCCGCGGGCUCCUCCUCUAUCGGACAUAGUCGGAGUAGUACCUCCAGGUCUUCUCUGAACAAGUCACGGGCGUCCGUAACAGCCAUCGUGCCAUACGUAGAUCCCUCCGGAAACGGCCCACAACACGAAGCGACAAGAGCCCCAUCAACCGCGGUAAAGGCCCAGAGGUCUAAGAUCUCGUUGAAGGAACAGCUCAAGGCCAAGGGCAAAAAAGUUGACACCUAA